AUGAGUCUAAGCGAGAAGCUGAACAGGAAGUUGGAUGGAGGAAAAUUCAGACUACUAAAUGAGAAAAUGUACCGUGGAAAAGGUCUCGGAAAGGGAAACCUGCAGCUAUAUCAUGAGCUGUAUGGAUCUCAAGUGACUAAAUGGCCUGUGAAUCCACUAGAUGUGAUUAUACAAAGGAUUAAGAAAAUGAAUUCUGAGCUAGCGAUUGCAGAUAUAGGAUGUGGAGAGGCAAGAAUUGCAAAGGAGUUCAAGAAUGUGGUUUCACUUGAUAUACAUCCAGUUACAAGCGAUGUGGUGCAUUGCGACAUGUCUAAGAAGAUUCCGCUUGAUGAUGAAUCCAUGGAUGUAGCAGUGUGCUGCUUGAGCAUGAUGAUGAGCAAUAUUACAAGUGCAACGAGGGAGGUGAACAGGAUUCUGAAAAAGGAGGGAUACUGGUAUGUUGCAGAGGUAAGGAGCAGGAUAGAAAGCGUGAAUAUGUUGGGUAAGAGGUUUGAAUCAUUUGGUUUUGAUGUUGAGUAUGUUGAUGUAACUAGCAAACAGUUUGUACUGUACGUAUUAAAAAAGAGGGAACUGCUGAAUAAUAGAAGAAAGAAGCCGAUAUUGCUUAUACCAUGCAUGUACAAGAAGAGAUGA